AUGGCUAGUCGCACACUGGAGUCGCGCUUCGAGCGCAUGUCCGUCAAUGACGAGAACGAGAUUGGCGAUGCCCCCAGGGCCUACUCCAAAACAAAGACUGUGACUUCUACCACAUCCUCCCAUUCGGCGCACAGCAGCAGCCGUGCCAACCUCGUCAAGGUUGCGCUGCAGUCCCAGACCAGCAACACGGUCGCAGCCGUGACAUUACCUUCCCAGGCCGCUCAGCGAAAAGCGAACAACCCUCCCCCCUCACCUCAACGAAAGCCCCUGCCCAUCAGCAGCUCGUCACGGGUCUCUGAAGAGAGUGCCGAGGAGCACUCACGGGCCUCGCAGUUGAUUGAGCAGCCUAGCAUCCCCAAGCAGUUCCACCUCGGCAUGUUCGAGAUUGGCCGGCCCCUCGGCAAGGGCAAGUUUGGGCGCGUAUAUCUCGCAAAGGAGCGGACUAGCGGCUUCAUUUGCGCCCUCAAGGUAAUGCACAAGAACGAGCUGCAGCAGGGUGGCGGUGUCGAGAAGCAGGUGCGACGAGAGAUCGAGAUUCAGAGCAACCUGCGACACCCUAAUAUCCUCCAGCUCUAUGGGCACUUCCACGAUAGCAAGCGAGUGUUCCUCAUCCUGGAGUUCGCCGGCAAGGGCGAGCUGUACAAGCAUCUCCGUAGAGAGAGCCGCUUCCCCGAGUGGAAGUCGGCUCAGUAUAUUGCCCAGAUGGCGUCUGCGCUGCGAUACCUCCACAGAAAGCACGUUAUCCAUCGGGACAUCAAGCCCGAGAAUAUUCUCAUGGGAAUCCACGGAGAGAUCAAGAUCUCGGACUUUGGCUGGAGUGUCCAUGCCCCUAAUAACAGAAGGAAGACCAUGUGCGGAACUCUUGACUACCUCCCCCCCGAGAUGGUCAAGCCCGGAACCAGCGAGAACUUCUAUGACGAGAAGGUAGACCUGUGGAGUUUGGGUGUCCUGACAUAUGAAUUCCUGGUUGGCGAGGCUCCCUUCGAGGACACACCUAUUAUGACACAGCGCAGGAUUGCGCGUGCUGACAUGUCAAUUCCUUCCUUUGUCAGUGCUGAGGCUGCCGAUCUCAUCAAGAAGCUCCUCGUGCUCGACCCUGCCAAGCGAAUCCCGCUCGACCAGGUACAGCAGCAUCCCUGGAUUCUCAAGCACUGCGUCAAGGGUGAGAGAGUGUACAACCGAGAGAAGUCUACAUAG